CACAACUCAUAUACGAAUCCGGAAUUUCAAGCCUGCUGUUCGAUUUAUGUAUUAGACUGUCCUUAGCUGCACACGGAAGGUAAACAACCAGCCUUGACGAACUGAUUUUCUACAUUCGAAUUUCAGGAAUGGCGUGCUCCCUUCAAAACGAACAGCCUGGACCUCCCCCAAACGAUCUGGUGUGUAAACCUCACGGAAAGGAGGCAGUUUUCGCCUGUAAGCAGUGUGUGGAUGAACUUUGUUGUGAGGAUUGCGUAGUGACCACGCACCAAUGUCAUCCAUUCAAGAAAAUAUCAGUGCUAAUGGCUGAAAAGCGGGAAAUAAUCGCAAAUUAUAUCAAAGUAUUAGAGGAGCAAAAAAUCCCAAUGCUGCAAAAGCAAAUGGCUGCCGCUCAACAAAAGUUGGCUAAAACUGAAAAAAAUUCUGGAGAUACAAGAAGGGCAGUGCAGGAGAGAUCUACACAGCUGAAAGCUGAACUAGACAAAGUGUUAAACAGGAAUGUCCGAAGAUGCGAGGAAAUGGCGUUUGAGAACGAAUCAAAGUUAAUGGUGUACAAAGAGCACAUGGAGAACAUUCUUACCGAAUACAGACAGAAGUUGAAUAAGGUACAGCAAGUGAUCGACGAGGGCUCCAUAGAGGAAAUCAUUCACACGAAAAAUAACCUGCCAAAGCCUCCUGUGUACCCACAGUACCCCGACAUAACUCUCCCCUCAUUCACGCCUGGUGACCCCACUCAACUGAGAGAAGCCUUCGGCUCCAUUAUAAUACGCCCUUCAGAGUCAGAUGAAACUACUCGGGAUAGUAACCCGGCGUCAGUUGCUCGUGAAAUUGAGGAUAUAGAUUAAGGAAGCCUUUGACAGUGACAUCGUCAUAUACAGGGAAGGUGUGCUUUGUGAAGACGACUGUGAAAACUAUUUCAUUGUACUGUCUUUAAUUUAUAUACAUUCCAACGAAUACGUAUUUCUUCCUUUGACUAACAUUUCAACUGGUUCCUCGUUAUUUUGAUGUAGUGCUUUGUAGUUUGCUCUUACCCAGUGGUCUGCAGUGCCUGUACGCAGACCGUCUUAUUGCCUGGUUGUUUCCCAGUAAUAGGGAGAACAACUUGGUCAACUCCAGAUGGGAGAUUUCCUGUUUGAUCAACCAACGGGCUUUUAACAUCAACGCCACUGUCGGUAUGUCCUACGUGAAUGUGAGGCCUGAAAAAGCCAAAAUAGGACAAGCUGCUUACUUAUUCCACAUCUAGGAAUUCCAACAAUUGUAACUAAUUGUAUUGAUUCUAGUUUAUAUAUAGCCGUAAUUUACAAGUAUGUUUCUUGUACUUAUUUUCAUUCCUUCUGAUGCCAUGGCGGCUUCCUUUAGUUAUUUGAUUUGUUGAGGAAAAUCUAAUAUAUUCACUUAUGUUUCUUAUGAAAAAAGCUCAUUUUUCGUUUAUAUCCCUGUUUUACCUACUUGGUUCGCGUUAAUGUUAAUAUACAAAAUGUUAAUCUACUUAUUUAAACCACCAGAAGUACAGGUGUAACACUGUUUUAGCAACAACCUCUGAAUAGUUAGGAGGAUAUGUCUAUUCCCAAUGUAUCAAUCAAACAUAAACGGAACCACUAUGUUUUUAUCAGUAAUGUUAAUUUGCCAAAUCAAAAACCUGAUUAAUCAAUAUGAAAUAAGGCCAUGGAUUAAAUUAUCUCAUCAUUUAUUGAUUGACAUUCCAUGCAAAAUGUGCAACGAUUGUCAGGCCAUUUCCACAUUGAUUUAUUUAAUAUUUAUAUUAAAUUAAUAUUUAUUUUAUUGCUUAAAUAUAAUUUAAUCGCAUCUACCAUGGUGUGAAACUAGGCGAAAAUUACUUCAAAAUUUACUUUAUUUUAUCAAUAGUAUAUUUGUUAUAUUUUUAAAAGAUAAAAUGCUUGUUAAGGUGACAUGGAACAAAAUGUUCAAAGUUUGCCGUUAUGUUAUAAUGUUGAAAACAUUAAUAGACACAUUUUUCUGUGAUAUGCUAUUUGUUGUUGAUAACGAAAUUGAUUUUAUUUUAUAAUGAAUAAAAACAUUAGUGCCAUGAAAAA